CCGCACUGUUGUCUCUGACUCCAGCAUCGGCAGUUCUUCCUGGUUCUGCCUCAGUUACUGGUGUUACUUGGAAUAAGAUCUGUUUCAGGCCUGCAGUUUUGCAAAAAAAAAAAACUGAUUGCAGGAUUUCAAACAUGUGUUAAUUCUGGGUCUCGAUUUUGGAGAGGAAAGGAGGUUGAAGAUCGCAGAGCAAAUGUGUGUUUCUAGAGUAAGGGUUGAUGAUGAAAGAUUUGAUGGAAAGAGGAAACCACUGCCAACCUCAGCAAAGGUGGCGCCCGGGAGUGGAAUUGCUUUUAUGGGAAUAGGUUCAAAGCUGACGAUGAAAGCGUUGAUUCUGGUCGGAGGCUUUGGCACGCGGUUACGCCCGCUGACACUCAGUGUUCCAAAACCGCUGGUGGACUUCUGCAACAAGCCCAUUCUUCUACACCAAGUGGAAGCCUUAGUAAAGGCUGGUGUAACCCAUGUAAUCCUCGCUGUCAGCUACAUGUCGGAGAUGUUGGAGAAGGAGAUGAAGGAGCAGGAGCAGCGGCUGGGUAUCCGGAUCUCUCUCUCUCAUGAAAAGGAGCCCUUGGGAACAGCUGGACCCCUCGCUCUGGCCCGUGAGCUGAUCACCAGCAGCUCGGAGCCCUUCUUUGUCCUCAACAGUGACGUUAUCUGUGAGUUCCCCUUUGAAGAGAUGGUCCGCUUUCACAAGCAUCAUGGAAAGGAGGGUACUAUAGUGGUCACUCGGGUGGAGGAACCAUCCAAAUAUGGGGUUGUGAUCUACGAAGCAGAAAUCGGGCGAAUACAUCGAUUUGUGGAAAAGCCUCAAGUGUUUGUGUCAAACAAGAUCAAUGCAGGAAUGUAUAUCUUCAGCCCAAUGGUUCUGAACAGGAUCCAGCUCAGGCCAACCUCCAUCGAGAAGGAGAUCUUCCCAGUCAUGGCUCAGGAAGGACAGCUGUAUGCCAUGGAGCUGCAAGGGUUCUGGAUGGACAUCGGGCAGCCUAAGGACUUCCUAACUGGAAUGUGCAUGUAUCUACAUUCCCUUCGGCACAAAGCACCAGACCGGCUACACCAAGGACCUGGCAUCGUUGGAAACGUGCUGGUGGACCCAACAGCACAGAUUGGAGAGAACUGUUCCAUUGGUCCAAAUGUGACAAUUGGCCCUGAAGUGGUGAUUGAAGAUGGAGUGCGGAUAAAACGCUGCACAAUCCUAAAGGGCUCCAGGAUUCGCUCACACUCCUGGCUGGAGUCCUGUAUCAUUGGCUGGAGCUCGGAUGUAGGACAGUGGGUGCGGAUGGAGAAUAUUGCAGUCCUGGGAGAGGAUGUGAUUGUGAAAGAUGAGCUGUACCUGAAUGGCGCCAACGUUCUACCUCAUAAAUCCAUUGCUGAUUCAGUGCCUGAACCAAGGAUAAUCAUGUAGGUCACAGCAACCUAAAGUGCAAGCUAAAGGACUGAGCUACACCGAUUAUCAGUGGAUAGAACAGAGCUGCUGAUGAAGUCAAUAACGAGGGUCCUGAUACUUCAUUAAUUUCCCCCUCCAGCAACUGAACUUGCACUGUGACAAGUUACUUGUAGCUCCUGUCUUUCAUUGAUGUGUCUGAGGGCAGUACAGCUUGAAAUGGCUGCAGUUUGAUUCCCACAAUAUUUGCUGAUUGUAAUUAUUGAUUGCUCUGAGGGGAGUGGGUCUUCUGUAUAGUAUUGGAUUCAGCAUCUAGACACACCUUAUUGUAUUGGAGGAUGGCUUUGAAAACAUUCCUUGGAACAGCUGCACCUCACAGUACAUAGUUUAAUGUACUGUGUCUUCUGGAUUUAGGUCUACUCAUUGACGGUAUCAAGCCCCUCAUUUACAAAGGGCAUAUGGUCAGUGUCGUAAGUUAUCUCUGGAAUUCCUCCUUCAGUCUGAUGUGAUUUCUUCAAAAUCACUUUUGUAAAUAUUAUCCUUUCUGCCUUGAAGUUGCAGCUUGAUUGGUUUAUGGAAUUAUGAGGCAAAGCUGAUGAAACAUCACACCCACUUACCAGCUUGCUUUCACUGUACUGCUGUUGGGCUCAAGGCUAUUAUUGGGUUUGGUGGACUGUUUCUGAGAAUAAAUGUCAGGGUUUGACAGUGAGUGCUGGAAGCAGAGAUCGCUGCCUCUUUACUCCCCUGUAUUAUCCUUUCCAUGUUUUAAAAUGUAAGCAGUUACCCAGUCAGUGACCAAUGAUAAUAGUGGGAGCGCCAAGUCAAUUUUUCAGACAUUCCAACUUUUUAUUUAAACGAACAAAAAUGUUGGUUUCCUAUAAACUCAACUUGAAUUUGGAUUAGAGAAUUGCUUCAUUUGGGAGGCAUUAUUCUGACUAAAAUUCAUUUCGUGGACUAGGUAUGGAAUUGGCUGCUGAAAGUGCCUCGGAAGUGCAAGUGAGCGAAGCCUUCUGUUGUACUUUAACUUGAGGAAUCUUGAGAAUUUUAUUCAAAUACAGUCUUGUAGACUUGUCCAGGUUUCAACAGGAUUGCUGUGAUCUUUGUUUUGGCUGUCUAUAUUUGUCCUAAACCCAUUUCAAAUAGUGCUCUUUGUAAACAAAAAGAGUUUGCUCAGCUGGUAGAUGCCAUGAGCCAGGUGGUUGCAACUUUCACACAACACUGAAUUAAAUCUGCCCCCAGUUGUUUUCUAAAA